AUGGUUCAAUUAACGAGACUUGGUCUGGUCCUGGCCAGCAUUCUACCUCAAUUGGUUUCCGGGGCUGGUCUGCACGCUGCUGCUGUUGCCAAAGGGAAGGUCUACUUUGGCUCGGCCACCGAUAACGGCGAAUUGACCGAUGCCGCAUACCUGGCACAGCUAAGCAACAAAGAAGACUUCGGUCAAAUCACUCCUGGUAACGCGCAGAAGUGGGAUAGUAUUGAGCCAACACAAGGCACUUUCUCAUAUACCAAGGGAGAUGUCAUUGCAGAUCUUGCCGCUAAGAACGACCAGAAGCUGAGAUGUCACACUCUUGUCUGGCACAGCCAGCUACCCAGCUGGGUCUCCAGUGGCACUUGGACCAACGAAACUCUCAUUGCGGCAAUGAAGAACCACAUCACCAAUGUUGUUACUCACUACAAGGGGAAGUGCUAUGCUUGGGAUGUUGUCAACGAAGCUCUCAACGAGGAUGGAACCUACCGCACCAACAUCUUCUACCAGACUAUCGGCGAAGCCUACCUCCCCAUUGCAUUCGCCACUGCCGCUGCCGCAGACCCGGAUGUCAAGCUUUACUACAACGACUACAACAUUGAAUCAUCGGGUUCCAAGUCAACCGGAGCUCAGAGAAUCAUCAAGCUUGUGCAGCAGUACGGUGCCAAGAUCGAUGGAGUCGGUCUGCAAGCCCACUUGAUUGUUGGAAGCACGCCCAGCCAGAGCGCCCAAGCUACAAACCUAGCUGCUUUCGCUGCCCUGGGUGUUGACAUUGCCUAUACUGAGCUUGACAUCCGCAUGACACUACCUUCGACGGCUGCUUUGCUUGCGCAACAGGCAACUGACUAUAAGAAUACCGUUGCGGCCUGUGUGGCAAACACUAAGUGCAUUGGCGUGACCAUCUGGGAUUACACAGAUAAGUACUCUUGGGUUCCGAGUGUGUUCUCCGGCCAGGGCGCGGCUCUGCCUUGGGAUGAGAACCUGGCCAAGAAGCCUGCUUAUGAAGCUAUUCUGUCGGCUCUCGGUGGAACUACCUCCACAGGUACCACUACGACCGCUGCUGCUGUCACUACCACGACUACUGCAAACUCCGGUAGUACUACUGGCGCUGCUCUAUAUGGCCAGUGUGGAGGAUCCGGCUGGACUGGCGCCACUACUUGCACUAGCGGAAGUUGCAAGGUCUUCAAUGAGUGGUAUUCGCAGUGUCUUUGA